AUGAAGUGGAGAUGGAAAUUUGCAUGCGCAGGCAUCAGCCUAUGUCUCUUCCUAGGGCUCCUUGGCGGGUUUGAUUUGUUCUAUAGGGAGGAUCCUGCGCUGGGACAGUAUAAGCUUAUCAUCGAGGAACAUCUGUCGAGGUUAGGCAUUGGACUCGGGCUACGAACAGCAGAGAAGAACCCCGAAGUCCUGCACCAGGAGAACCUUAAGAAGGCGCCCAAAUACGUCACAGCGAUCCUUGACCCCUCCGAUCAUCACUUCAAACGGCUGUCAUGUCCGCGCCUAAAUAAGAGGCGGUACGAGUAUCUUAUCCCCUCCCAAUCCACCUCCGGACCGACCUACUUCUUCGCCCUGAACCUCAUCAAUAUCGCACACCUCCUCCCGCGCCUGAUGGGCUCCAUCGUCGAGACGCUGCGCUUCCUUGGCCCCGAGAACUGCGUCAUCUCCAUAGUCGAGGGCCACUCCGAGGACGGGACGAUGGAGAUUCUCGAGGCCCUCCGCCCCGAGAUCAGGAAACUGGGGGCCGAGUACCAUUUCCUGCGGAGCGAAAUCACGCCCAACGAUGGGCGCAGGAUCGAGCAUCUUGCCGAGUUAAGGAAUAUGGCGCUAGAGCCGCUAUUAAAUAAUAAGACGCACUUCGUCGAGGAUCCCACCGUUGUCUUCCUGAACGACGUGGCCAUCUGCAGUGAGGAUAUCCUCGAGCUAAUACACCAGAGGAGGCAUAUCGGGGCUGAUAUGACGUGUGCCAUGGACUGGUCCCACGUGCGGAGAUACCCGACCUUCUACGACGUGUGGGUCGCGCGGUCCAUUACGGGCAACUCGUUCUUCUAUAUUAAUCCCGAGGACGUCAACUGGGAUCAGGCGCACCUGCUCUUCUUCGACGAUCCGGCGGCGUUGAAACGCUUCGACGACCACCGCCCAGUGCAGGUGUUUGCCUGCUGGAACGGCGCCGUCGCCUUCGACGCCCGGCCCCUGCUCAAAGACGGGAUCCGGUUCCGCGACAGCCGCGAGGGGGAGUGUCACAUGGGCGAGCCGACCUACUUUUGUAAGGACCUGUGGGGGAAGGGUUACGGCAAGAUCGCCGUCGUGCCCACGGUGAACCUCGAGUACGAUGACAAGCACGGCGCGUGGAUCAAGAACAAGAAGGGCUACGUGGGCGACCUGGUUAAGGGCGACGACGGCGCCGGCGAUAUGGUGGAGUGGAAGGGCCCGCCAGAGAAGGUGCUUUGCAUGCCGGGGUGGAAGGACCAGAGCUGGGUGCCAUGGGAUGAGCAUUUGCGGUGA